AUGGGGUUCAUUCAAAGUCACUAUGACUACUCCUUGUUCACUAAGAAUGUUGGUGCAGAACUGGUGAUAGUCCUUGUAUAUGUAGAUGAUCUACUUGUAACUGGGAGUUGUACUACUCUGAUUGACAAGACCAGAAAUGAUCUGAAACUUAAGUUUAAGAUAAAAGACUUGGGUGAGUUGAAGUUUUUCCUUGGCAUUGAGUUUGCCAGGUCUAAGGAGGGGUAUGUAAUGAAUCAACUCAAAUAUGCACUGGAACUCAUUUUUGAAAUGGGAUUAAGUGGUGCAAAGCCAGUAUAUACACCACUAGAUCCUAAUGUAAGAUUAACAUCUAUUGAAUAUGACACACAUACACAAGGUUCAGAGGCUGUUAUUACAGAUAAACCCUUGGAGAACAUUGGAAGGGUAGACAUCUCUUUUGCAGUUCAGGUUCUAAGUCAAUUCAUGCCUGCCCCAAAUGAGUCUCACAUGGAAGCAACACUUAGAGUGGUUAAGUACAUUAAGGCAUCUCCUGGUUUAGGUCUGUUCAUGCCUGCACAAAGUUCAGAAUUGCUUACUACUUAUUGUGACUCUGACUGGGCCACCUGUUUACAAACAAGGAGGCCAGUAACAGGCUAUCUUGUGAAGUUUGGAGAUGCACUCAUUUCCUGGAAAUAA